AUUUGCACAGCCGAGAAUGAGGGUAAGAAGACGGUUUCUCACCUAAUCACCAAUCAUCAUCAUCAGAAAUAUUUAUAUUCCAUUAAUUAAAAAAAAAAUUAAAAAUAUCUCUCUCUCUCUCUCUCUAUCGCAAAAAAGCAAUCACUUUUUCGUGUUUUCGUUCUCCUUUGAUAUACCGAUUAAGCAAUUCUUUACUUGUGUCUAAUAUUUUUAUUUAUUUAUAUAAAAUAAAAGGAAAAAGAAGAGAGAAGGAACUGUUUGGACAAAAACGAAAUAGAGAACAAGUGUCUUUCUUUCUUUCAACGGCCCCAUCUUUUUGUGUUUCUAAUUCUCUGCAACAAAGGCAAUGGGUAUGCUUUAAUUGGUUAAACAAAUUUGAUAGAAUUUUAGAUGGGUUCUUGUGAGAACUCACUUGAGGUUGAGGUCGUCCCCAAAUCUAUACACCAGACUGCUGUUGAGCAGCUGCAGCAUCAGAAUGCGUGCUUGAUAAAAGUUUUGGAAUCAGAGCAGGAGCAGCUGCCUUGCUUGGAGGGUUUUCAUAUUAGUAAUAGUGAUAAUGUGGGCCCUUCCAGUAUGCUAGAUGGGUGCACAGAAUUCUCUAAAAAUGAUAAAGCUGGCUCUUUACGGUUGGAGGAUGCUUCUGUUGUUGACAAGGGAAUUGGUUUGGCAUGUGAGAAUGGAAAUGCAGCCAGUUUGGUGCCAGGGGAAAUGUUAGAAGAUGAAUGUGGGAUUACUGGGGGUAAUUUGAAUGAGAGUCAAAGUGGAACUGAUCACUGCAGUCCAGAAAUUGAUGGAUUGUGCAUGGGAAAAGUAGGUUCUAGUGAUAAGGACGAUAAAUUAGCGGAGCACUGUGAAGAAUCUCUUUUGGAGGGUGCCUCUGUUGAUAAGGGAAUUAAUUUGGUACGUGAGAAUGGAAAUGUGAUCAAUUUGGCGCCAGGUAAAUUGUUGGAGAAUGAAUGUGGGAUUGUUGGCGGUAAUUUAAAUGAGAGGCAAAGUGGAAUUGAUGAUUGCAGUGAGGAAAGAGAUGGAUUAUGUGUAGAAAAACUAGGUCGUAGUAGUGAAAACUAUGGAUUAGUUAAUUCCCUGGAGGAAAGUGAACAAUCUUUGGAAUUGAUGCCUGCGUCUGGUUCACUUGAAAAUCAUGAUGAACAGGUUCAGCAGAGGGAUGACAGGAGUGGAACUGUUGGAGGGGAUAUUAAAGAGAAAAGUGGGAGUUUAGCUGCUUCAGAUAGUGAUAUUUGUGAUGGAUUGGAGCUUCACUCGAAUUAUGAAAUGUCUACAGAACUAAGGCCAAUGAGUGCUUUUCCUAGAAAUGAGGUUGAAUAUGACAAGCAUCAGGGCAGUAGUACCUCUUUGGAAACGGUUUUGGUGGUCUUGGGAAACAAAAGUGUUGGUGUGGAUGGGACAGAGGCUGGUGAUGACAACCAAACACAGUCUUUACCAGACCGUGAGACUAUGCAAGAAGUGAUGCCAACAGAUCCAUUAGUUAAUUAUGUUCAGCAGGAUGAUCGGAUCACUAACAGUACCUUUACAGAAGGGGUUAUGAAUGAGAAGAGCAAUAUUUCACCUGGGAUAGAUGCUUCCAUUUGCAACCAAUUAGCCUCCCAUCAAGGCUUUGAUAAAUCCUUGGAGUUAAUGCCUGUGAUUGGUUCCCCAGAGAAAAGUGUCGUGCAGGAUGAACAGAAGUUUGAUAGGCCUGUUAGUUUGUACUCUGAUGGAGUUAUGGAAAAUAAAAGUGAUCUUUUAGCAAUCGAAAAGACUAUGGUAGAUAACCAAAUACUGUCUCCAUUGAUUGAUGAAUUGUGCAUGGAACCAGAUUCAUGUUCCGGUUUUCCAGGGAAUUCUUGCCAACAAAAUGACCUGAAGACCAAACCUGAAAGUGCUGUACCCUUGGGUAUGGCCUUAGAUGGGACACCCGAUGCUUUAGUUACACUGGAUUCUGAUACUUGCAAUGAAAAAUCAUCGCACAGAACUGAAAUGCCGAAAGAAUUAUCAAUUACAGGUUUUCUAGUGAGCAGUUCUGACAUCCAGAAUGAUCGGAAAAAUGGCAAGGAUGCCAAUUGCGUUACUGCAGAAAGUGUCCCUACAAAUAAUUUUAAACAGAGUGAUUUAGAUGGAUGCAUCGACGAAUACCCUUCACAGGCUUGCCAGAGGACCUUGGAGAAUUUAGCUAUGGCUGACUCACUUGAUUACUGUGAUCAAAGGAAUGAGCAGAGGGAUGAUAAGAGUGUUAAUGGUCCUUUUGUUGAGACCAUACUAGAUGCUGUGGAAGAGGGAAGUGAUGUUACAGUGGAAAUUAAGGUUGAAGCUCGUAACCAGGAAUUUCCUUUGGAAGGAGAUGCCUGUGAUGUGAAGGGAUGUUCACCUAAAAUAGCUAUUACCAGUCCACGGUCAUGUCAGUCUUUUGGUGCAAGUAGGAACAGCUCUUAUAGGGAGCUGGAUGCACCACAUCUUAUUGGGAAGGAUGGUUUUAGUGUCAUAUAUUCUAGCAGUGCAGUUGACUACUCUGAAGCAACAAAUAAUGGAGGAGAGGAUCUUGUUAUUAAUGAUUGCCCAUCCACAACUGGACGUUCUGAGAUCAGGCUGUCAUCUUCGCGAAGGAGCAGUCGCACACGUAAAUCCAGCCGAAAGCCUCAGACAAAAAGGGCUGCAAAGAAAUCCGGGAACAAAGACAAAGUGCGAGACGUACAGAUCUUCAAGGCUGAGAGAAGGAAGAGAAGCUGUUUCUCCAAGCCGGCUCGCUCCUCUAACUGGGGAUUAUUAGGGAAUAUUGCGCAAUUCUUUGAACAGAGUAAUGGGCUGGGGCUCAAUGAAACUCAUAACCAUGAACCAUUUCAAACAAAGGUUGGCCGAGGUGGUGGAAAGCGGAACAAUAGUCGGGCAGGUGGGAGCUCCCAAAGGUUUAGCGUAAAAAGACAUGCUUCAACUAGUGGUAUUCGCUUGAAAGUUAAAGUGGGAAAUGAAGUUGUUCGAGACAGUCUGAACAUUAUUGUCCCAGAGGUCAUUGAUACCUCAGCAUCUGCUGGUGUUGUUGGUGGUGAUUUUGAGGCUAAGUCAUACCAAGGAACCAGUUUUGGAGUUCCAAAUUUCGCCAAUUUCCUGGAAGUUAAAAUGGGGGAAGAGGGGACUGAAGAGCAGCCUGAAUGCUUUGCCAAUAAGCUGGAGGCAGCAAGAAUACACUCUGACGCUUCAGUUUCGGAUGUUCAUGUAGUAAAUAAGAAUUCAGAGAGCAUUGUGAUUUCCCAGAAGUUAUCUGGAGAUUCUGAAGCGUAUUAUGUUGGAGUCCCCUCUCAUGUAGAGGUUGAAACAUUGAAUGCAGCAACCGAGAAGAGGUAUACAGAUCCAGGGACCUCACCAGAUUCAGAAGUUAUCAAUUUAGGUCCUGAAGGCCAAGUUAAUACAAGAUCUCAAGAAGAUUUUGCUGAUGCUGUUUUGACCUCUUCUAAAGCAUUUAUUGCUCCUGGAGUUGUUCCUGUUAGUAAGAAAGGAAAGAAGAAAGGUAGAGUCACCCAUGCUAGUGAAUUUUUUCCAGAAGAUAAAUCUCCUGGGGUUGCAAGCUCAACCAAGGUUAAAGCAGGUAAGAAUCGAGGGGUCAGGCAGAGAAAGAGUGGUGAAGUUUUUCCAAGCGAGAAUUUUAAUUCAUCCACUGGUGCAAAUGCUUCAAGCAACUUAUCAAGCAGUAAGGAAUGUUCUGAUGAACAGUUACCUUUGUCAGGAGAGACUGAACUUAUAGACUCCAGAGAGGAUUUGCCAGAUGAACUGACAGAAACUAAAAUCUCUUCUGUCCUGGAUGUUGGUCUUAGGUUGUCAGAAGCACAGACUUCGAGCAAUCUGCUUUCUUCAACUAAAUCUAAAGGGUGUCGGCUUCCUAGAAAAUCUGGUGGAGCAAGCAAGGGAGAGUGCAAAGUCUCUGACAAAGAAAGAAGCAGAAGAGAAGAUGGUUGUAGACAAAGAAGGAAAGAACAGAAAUCAGUUAAAAGGAACAAAGUCAAGGAAAAGAAUGAUUAUAAUGAAAACGAAGAAGCUGAUCCAGAAAUAGGAAAUUGUAUUGCAGAUGACACUCAAAAAUUCAACCCUCAUGACACUAUUGCAUCCGUGGCUGUAGCAAAUUUAGACAUGGCAUCAAGCGAUGCCGUGGAUCAGCAUUUGCCUAUGGAUAAUGCUUGGGUGCGCUGUGAUGAAUGUCUUAAAUGGAGGCGCAUUCCUGUUGCACUUGUAGAUUCUAUUGGUCAGACAAAUUGCCAUUGGAUCUGCAAGGACAACAUGGAUAAAGCCUUUGCUGAUUGUUCUAUCUCCCAGGAGAAGUCAAAUGCGGAAAUUAAUGCAGAAUUGGGCUUAUCUGAUGCGGAUGAAGAUGCCUGCGAUGUACCAUUAAAGAACAGGGGAUUAGAAUAUAAGCGUACAGCAGCUUCCAAGGAGCAUGAAUUUACGCGUAUUUCCACUAAUCAGUUUCUUCACCGUAGCCGUAAGACACAAACUAUCGAUGAGAUAAUGGUGUGCCAUUGCAAGCUACCUCUAGAUGGUAGAUUAGGUUGUCGAGAUGAGUGCUUGAAUCGAAUGCUUAAUAUUGAGUGUGUUCGAGGCACCUGUCCAUGUGGGGAUCUUUGUUCAAAUCAACAGUUCCAAAAGCGCAAUUAUGCCAAAAUGAAGUGGGACAGAUGUGGGAAGAAAGGUUUCGGGCUGCGACUGGAAGAGGAUAUAUCCAAAGGGCAAUUUCUCAUUGAAUAUGUCGGAGAGGUGCUUGAUAUGCAUACUUACGAGGCACGACAGAGGGAGUAUGCUUUUCAGGGUCACAAGCAUUUCUACUUCAUGACGUUGAAUGGCAGCGAGGUUAUAGAUGCUUGUGCAAAAGGAAAUUUGGGGCGUUUCAUUAAUCAUAGUUGUGAUCCUAAUUGCCGUACUGAAAAGUGGGUGGUCAAUGGAGAAAUUUGUAUUGGAUUAUUUGCGUUAAGGGAUAUUAAAAAGGGUGAAGAGUUGACAUUUGACUACAACUAUGUGAGAGUGUGUGGGGCUGCUGCAAAAAGAUGUUACUGUGGUUCACCCCAAUGUCGAGGUUAUAUUGGUGGUGAUCCGACAAACACUGAGGUAAUUGAUCAAGUUGAUUCAGAUGAAGAAUUUCUUGAACCAGUGAUGCUUGAAGUUGGGGAAGCUGGAUAUAGAAUUAGGAAUAGAAUAUCUAGAAGCAGUUCCUGUGAUGAUGUAGAAUUGCAAGUAACAGAGAGUAUAUCAAAUAAUAGAGAUAAGAUGGACAGCUCCACAACAGCUGCUCAGAAAAUGGAGGCUGCCACAGAAAUUAAGGAUUCUAUGAACCCAUCUAUUCCUGCCAUUUCUAGAUUAGAUAGCUCGUUGGAAGUGGAUGAUCUAAAGGAAAGUUUUCCAUCUUCUAGACAACAAGCAGAUGAUGCCACAAUUGAAUUCUUUCCGGCUGUUAAGCAAGAGAAUUCCAUUGAACAGAUUCAAGGAUUGGAUACCUCUUCAGCUACAGUGCUUAGCAAAUUAUCAUCUGAUGACAUGGUUGCUAACAGGAAGCCCAAGACUGAUGAAAAACGUGUUUUUGUGAAAUCACGUUUUCUUAUCAAAACUUCAUGUGAAUCUGGUCUCGCUAAGAAAGGGAAGUUCGGUAGUAUUCAUUCAAAUGUUAAUAAAGUUCAGAUGAUGGCCUGCAAAUCUCAGGUGCUGUCUUUAAAACCCAAAAAGUUUACAGAUGGUACUACCAGUGGCCGUUUUGAAGCAGUUGAGGGGAAACUUAAUGAGUUGUUGGAUAAUGAUGGUGGGAUAAGCAAACGAAAAGAUGCUGCUAAAGGUUACUUGAAGUUUCUGCUUCUUACUGCAGCAUCUGGUGCUAGUGGAAAUGGUGAAGCAAUUCAAAGCAAUCGAGAUCUUUCAAUGAUUCUUGAUGCACUCCUAAAAACAAAAUCACGAGCAGUGUUAAUUGAUAUAAUUAACAAAAAUGGUUUGCGGAUGCUUCACAACAUGUUGAAGCAGUAUAGAAGUGACUUUAAAAAGACACCAAUACUCCGGAAGCUUUUGAAGGUUUUGGAGUAUUUGGCAGUCAGGGAGAUACUUACACCAGAACAUAUCUAUGGAGGUCCUCCUUGUCCUGGAAUGGAGAGCUUUAGGAAAUCAAUGUUGUCAUUGACAGAGCACAAUGACAAACAGGUUCAUCAAAUUGCAAGAAGUUUUCGAGACAGAUGGUUCCCUCGGCAUGGCAGAAAAUAUAGCUAUAUGGAUAGGGAUGAUGGAAAGAUGGAGUGUCACAGAGGUUCAAUAAGCAAUAGGGUUUCAGCUUCACAGGAUCAUUUGCGUGAUCUGACUAUAAGGCCUACAGAAGUAAUAGAUGGUGCAAUGCAGCCAAAGGUAACAACAGCUUCAGUGGAGACUGCUGUUAACGAGGGCUGUUCUUUGCAUUGUGUUGGUGACGAUACAAAAACUCGCAAACGUAAAAGUCGAUGGGAUCAGCCAGCAGAGGAAAAACCAUUCCGAAGGUCUCAUCAGCAUGAUGAGCAGAGGAUUCAAUCUGGGUUGCUAGAACAAUCCAGAUUUAACCCGCCAACUGACAUGGGUAAGGAAGUGUCGGAGCAUGCAGACAAAAGAAGCGGAGAGAACAGCUGUUGCCCUCACUGUGUUCGCAAUUACUGUCGACAAGUUGAAGCUGAUUGUGCUGAUCUUGGAAGGCAAACUAUUCAAAGUGAUGCUCCACCUGGGUUUUCAUCUCCCCUUAACCCCCCUCUGGUUUUACCCAAUGCUUCAUCAACCAUCAUUGAUGGUUUGACCUUUCCGGUUGAUAUGGUUGUUGGACAUCCACAGAGGAAAUUUAACUCCCGCUUGUCCGUCUCUUAUGGAAUUCCAUUGCCUAUUGUGCAGCAGUUUGGGUUGCCUCAACAUGGAACUGUGGGGAGUUGGACAAUUGCUCCUGGCAUGCCUUUCCAUCCUUUCCCACCACUGCCACCAUUUCCUCAUCAUAAAAAUGAAACUCCUGCUGCUGCUAUCUCUAUGGCAAUUGAUGGAACUGCAGAAGAAGGUCAACAACUCAGACAAGAUCCUCCGACAUGUUACCCAAAUGAAAAUAAUUUAAGCACAAAUGCUAUUAAUCAACCAGAUAUCGUUUUUCCUGGUGAAAAUAGCCAAACAUUUAAACGGGUUAGGGCAUCAUCGCAAGACCUGGGCAGGAGGUACUUUAGGCAGCAAAAGUGGAAUAAAGGACCUCCAUGGAUGCACCAAGUGAAUGGGUGGGGACACUUGGGAAGUAACUCAAAAGGUGUUAUAUGCAGCACUGAUGUAGUGAGUGUAACAAAUGAGCCCAGAAAUUCAUACUGUUCUCAAGAUGUAAGCUGUAGAAUGGAGAAAGCUGGCGACUGCAUUAAUCAGCAAAACAGUACCUAAAUAAGCAUUGAUUUUUAGGAAAUUCUCUUUACUGGAUCUUCUUCUAUACAUCAAUGUAUUCUCAAUUCUUUUUUUUUUUUUUUUUCUCUUCCAGGGUUUUUUUUAUCUUUAAUGGAAAAAUUCAUUCAGUUUCAGAAUACUUGUCCUCGUACUCUGAGUCCUAAUGCAUAGGCCAUAAAGCUGAGGAGAAAAACAUACUGAAAUCUGGCCCUUUGUUCCUCUCGAUUUUUACCCAUUUGUUCGCACCUCAAAGAGGUAGGUAGUUCUGUUUUAUGUAUCAUUUUUAUCGUAGAAAGCACAUUGACUAUUUAUGAUCAGUGGAAUAGAAAAUUAAACCGUUUUAAUGAUUA